UUUCUGACGGCCUGUUUACAUAGACGGAACGGCGGAAAUCUGCUUUGACACAGAAGAACAAAAUGUGUUGUGCUUGGUUGUAAACACUUAUCUUUUAUGCUACUACUCUAGAUGUUAUACAUCUUUUCUUCACCCGUUAAUCUUUAAAUUAAUGUUUAAACGGAACAGAAGAUGUUCGCGGGCCUACCGGAGCUCGGGAUCUCUAACGGAGAGGAUCUCAAAGAAACUCUCACCAACUGCACAGAGCCUCUGAAAGCCAUCGACCAAUUUCAGAUGGAAAAUGGGAUCCUGCUGCCAACCCUCCAGUCUGCACUCCCCUUCCUUGACCUCCAUGGGACGCCACGGCUGGAGUUCCAUCAGUCCGUGUUUGAUGAGCUCAGAGAUAAACUGAUGGAGCGAGUCGCCACCAUUGCUGAGGGAAAGGAUGAGGACAGAUACGGGAAGCUUGAAGAGCUGUUGGAGAAGAGUUUUCCUCUCGUCAAAAUGCCGUCCAUUCAGCCCGUGGUCAUGCAGGUGCUCAAACACCUACCGAAGGUACCAGAGAAGAAACUGAAGAUGGUGAUGGCUGACAAAGAGCUGUACAAGGUGUGUGCUGUGGAGGUGAAGAGGCAGAUCUGGCAGGAUAAUCAGGCUCUGUUUGGGGAUGAAGUUUCUCCUCUCCUGAAGCAGUACAUUGUGGAGAAAGAAGCUGCUCUGUUCAGCAGUGACCUCUCCAUCCUGCACAAUUUCUUUAGUCCCUCUCCCAAAACACGACGUCAAGGCGAGGUGGUUCUAAAGCUGACACAGAUGAUUGGAAAGAAUGUGAAGCUGUACGACAUGGUGCUGCAGUUUUUACGGACACUCUUCCUGCGAACGAGAAACGUGCACUACUGCACGCUGAGAGCAGAACUGCUGAUGUCACUUCAUGACCUGGACAUUAGCGAGAUCUGCUCUGUGGAUCCCUGUCAUAAGUUCACCUGGUGUUUAGACGCCUGCAUCCGGGAAAAGUUUGUGGAUGGCAAGCGAGCCAGAGAGCUUCAGGGUUUCCUGGAUGGAGUGAAGAAAGGACAAGAGCAAGUCUUAGGGGACCUCUCCAUGAUCCUGUGUGACCCGUUUGCUUGUAACACCCUGGUCCUGAGCAUCGUGAGGAACCUGCAGGAGCUGCUGAGUCAGGACAGUUUACCCAGGGACAGUCCAGAUCUGAUGCUGCUGCUGAGGAUGCUCUCACUGGGACAGGGAGCAUGGGACAUGAUCGAUAGUCAGGUCUUUAAAGAGCCUCGUAUGGAUCUGGAGGUGGUGACCCGCUUCCUGCCCGCCAUGAUGUCAGUGGUCGUGGAUGACCACACCUUCACUGUGGAGCAGAAGCUUCCCAGUGAGGAGAAGAGUUCACUGUCGUACCCCACCACCCUGCCGGAUGCCUUCAACAGGUACCUCCAGGAGAACAGGGUGGCCUGUGAGAUCGGUCUGUACUACGUUCUCCACAUUGCCAAACAGAGGAAUAAGAACGCCUUACAGAGGUUACUGCCUGCCCUCGUGGAAACAUACAACGACAUGGCCUUUGGUGACAUCUUCUUGCAUCUGCUGACUGGUCACCUCACGCUGCUCUCUGACGAAUUCGGAUCGGAAGAGUUCUGCUCUGUCGUCUUCGAUGGCUUCCUUCUGACCUCUUAUUCCAGUAAAGAGAACGUCCACAGACACUCCCUCCGUAUGCUGCUGCAUCUACACCACAAAGUGCUGCCAUCCUACAUGGAAACUCUGCUGAAAACCCUCGAACCUCCAAAACAGAGCAGCGAGCCCGUGAAGGAGCUGUACACCCAGCUGACGGAGAAGAUGGAGGCACAGAAGAAAAGCCCACCACCCCCUGAGGAAACCCCAUCCCUGGAUCUGGGUCUGCAUCCGGUGACCGUCCCCACCACCGCCUCCACCCCGACCACGCCUCUCUGAGACACGGACAGUGACUGAGCGUAAAGACAGCUGGCGAGUGGCUCACGCAUUUCUCCAGAAUAGACCAGAUUUUUUUUUACAGUUUGUUUUCUUGUAUGAUUUUUUUUCAAAGGUUUUAUCUUUAGAUGUUUGUCUCUGACAGGCUCUCACAGCUCUGAUCGUGCAGCUAGUUUGCUUAAUUUCUUCAUAAACAUUUAAUUUAAACAUGGACUGUGGAACAUGUUGAGAGUCAGUCGAGCCCAGAGCCUCCACACGCUCCACUAAAAAAUCAAGAUUGCAGUAAAUAGAAAAUAAUGUAGAUUGAUCACAUGCCACAGAUUUACCCUCAUUUAAAUCUCAUAAUAUACAAUAAAACGACACUGACUGAUAUGAUAGCCCAUAAGUAAAGUAUGAAGGGUUAGCAUAGAGCAGAAAUAUUUGUUUAAGGACAGGUGUAAAGUAAAAAAAAAAAAAUCUUAACUUAUGAUGGUUAUUCUCUAACGUUGGCUACAAGUUCAGCCACUUAAGCUCGCUUAUGUAACACAGACCUCUACCUCCCAACCCCCGUAAGCUUGUGGCCCCAUUUGCUAUUUCCAUGAGGAGUAGAGACCAGAUGCACCGCUCAUCAACGCUGCUUACGUCUCGUUUUGAAUUUAGGACUUUGAUCAAUUAAAGCUGCACUCUGGUUUAUUUACUGACCACCAAACCACUGUUUGGUUUCAUGGAGGACUUCCACAUAUUAAAAGCUGUUAAAAGUGGCCCUCUUGUUUGCCCUGCGCACAGAUUUGACCUGGCCCCUGACAGACCCAGAAAAUGGGCGCUCCCCAGUUGUUUUGGAUCUGGAUCAGUUGUACUGGUGCUAGUAUCCUGGCUAAAAAUGACUUAAUUUUGGAGCUGAAAAGCGUGUCUAAAUAGCAUACAGUUCUGAUGUUGGAAUUAUUUGUUUGUGCUAUUUAUAACCCACUUUGACCUCCUUUUCAGCCCAUUGUUGCCAGCAUUAUUUGCCAUUUUUCAUCAAUUUACAUUGUUUUCACCCAUAUUUGCCUUUUUGAAACCAGUUUUUGCCCCAUUUUAACCCCUUUUCAUCACUUUUUAACCCAUUUUUUGCUACUCUUAAAAGCUAAUAUCCUCACCUUUUCUGCCAAAUAUGAUCUCUUUUGACCCUUUUGUUUUUGCCACUUUCCACCGAUUGUUGCCUCCACCACUAUUAACCCCUUGUCCCUACCUUUUAAGCUAAUUUUUGCCAAAUUUGAUUGCAUUUUUCUAUUUGUCAUGCCAAUUUUUGCCACUUUUAAUCCCUUUUCAUCAUUAUUUCUGCUGGUUUUUGCCACUCUUAACCUAUUAUUGCCACUUUUCACCUAUUUUCGCCUCCGCUAACCAUUUUUUGGCAUUCAAUUUUUUUUUCACUUUUAACCCAUUUCUGCCACCACAGAAAUCCACCUUCACCUUUCCACCCAUUUUUGCCACAUUUAAUCUAAUUUAACAAUGUUUUAAGAAAAAGGGUUAAUAUUUUUAGAAGGCUAUGUACUACCACAUAAAAAUGUAUUUGUUGCUUUGAUAAGAGUGGCUAUAAUUCAGGUAAAAAUAUAAAAUAUAGUUGUCACAGCUUAACUUUACAUUGGACCCCGAUUAUGCAGACCUCCCCUUAUUUGGCUGAACCCCAGAAAGCCCCCCCACCCCCACCACCACACCCCUCGGGAGGGGGGGGUGAUAAGUGAUCCUGUAAUGCUUUGUUAGUAGCUUGCAGCAUUAACCAGGAAAGCCACUUUUUAGCAACUUUUCUCCCUCAAAUUUAAAAUUCCUCCAUGAAACAAAAUUCUGGUUUACUGUCAGGAAAAUAGAUCUUAUGGAGUGCAGUUUUAUACAGACACAGUCCUUAAUUCAAAAUUAGAUUAACUGCUGUUAUUGUUUGACUGAAAUCCCCCAUGUGACUCCAUUUACAUACUGUGUGUUUAAACAGGUAUGUACUUUUUUUUACGUGUGUCAUUCAAAAUCUGAUUCUGUAGGUUCCACAGUCCAUGCAUUUAUUAAGUUGACUUUCAGAAUGUUACAUUGGAGUUGUCAGUGUUCUACAAUCCUGUAAAUAAAUGCUUAGUAAGAA